AUGGCGGCGGAGCGGAGUCGCUCCCCGAUGGACUCGCCGGUUCCAGCCUCUAUGUUCGCCCCCGAGCCCAGCUUUCCGGGGGCAGCCAGAGCUACGGCGGCUGCCGCACGGCUCCACAGCGACUUCGACUCAGACUGCAGCGAGGAAGGCGAGGCUCUCAACGGCGAGCCGGAGCUGGACCUUACCAGCAAGCUGGUUCUAGUGAGCCCUACAUCAGAGCAGUAUGACAGCCUACUUCGGCAGAUGUGGGAGAGGAUGGACGAGGGAUGCGGAGAGACCAUAUAUGUCAUUGGGCAGGGAUCAGAUGGGACCGAGUACGGGCUGACUGAAGCUGACAUGGAGGCCUCCUACGCCACUGUGAAGAGCAUGGCUGAGCAGAUUGAGGCCGAUGUCAUCCUUCUGCGGGAACGGCAAGAAGCUGGUGGCCGUGUGCGGGAUUACCUGGUCCGGAAACGAGUAGGAGACAACGACUUCCUGGAGGUCAGGGUAGCAGUCGUGGGCAACGUGGACGCCGGCAAAAGUACCCUUCUGGGCGUCCUGACUCACGGGGAGCUGGACAAUGGCCGAGGCUUUGCCCGCCAGAAACUCUUCCGCCACAAGCAUGAGAUUGAAUCUGGUCGUACCAGCAGUGUGGGCAACGACAUUCUGGGCUUUGACAGUGAAGGCAAUGUGGUGAACAAACCAGACAGCCAUGGGGGCAGCCUUGAGUGGACAAAGAUCUGCGAGAAGUCCACAAAGGUCAUUACCUUCAUCGACUUGGCUGGUCAUGAGAAAUACCUGAAGACCACUGUCUUUGGCAUGACUGGCCAUUUACCUGACUUCUGCAUGCUCAUGGUGGGCAGCAAUGCUGGCAUUGUGGGAAUGACGAAGGAGCAUCUGGGCUUGGCCUUGGCACUCAAUGUGCCCGUCUUUGUGGUGGUCACCAAGAUUGACAUGUGUCCUGCCAACAUCCUGCAAGAAACCCUGAAGCUGUUACAACGCCUGUUGAAGUCCCCUGGGUGCCGGAAGAUCCCCGUGCUGGUACAGAGCAAGGACGACGUGAUUGUCAUGGCCUCCAACUUCAGCUCGGAGAGGAUGUGCCCGAUAUUCCAGAUUUCCAACGUUACAGGAGAGAACCUCGAUCUGCUCAAGAUGUUCCUCAACCUCCUCUCCCCCCGCACCAGCUACCGGGAGGAAGAGCCCGCCGAGUUUCAGAUCGAUGACACCUACUCUGUCCCGGGUGUAGGGACGGUGGUGUCGGGGACAACACUGAGGGGCUUGAUCAAAUUGAAUGACACGCUGCUGCUGGGCCCAGACCCCCUGGGGAACUUCCUGUCCAUAGCUGUCAAAUCGAUCCAUCGCAAGCGCAUGCCUGUCAAGGAGGUGCGGGGCGGCCAGACAGCCUCCUUCGCACUGAAGAAGAUCAAGCGCUCGUCCAUCCGGAAGGGCAUGGUGAUGGUUUCCCCACGCUUGAAUCCCCAAGCAUCCUGGGAGUUUGAGGCGGAGAUUCUCGUCCUUCACCACCCCACCACUAUUAGCCCCCGCUACCAGGCCAUGGUGCACUGCGGGAGCAUUAGGCAGACGGCCACCAUUCUGAGUAUGGACAAGGACUGUCUGCGCACUGGGGACAAGGCCACCGUGCACUUCCGCUUCAUCAAGACCCCCGAGUACCUUCACAUAGACCAACGGCUGGUCUUCCGGGAAGGCCGCACCAAGGCUGUGGGCACUAUCACCAAGCUCCUUCAGACCACCAACAACUCCCCGAUGAACUCCAAGCCCCAGCAGAUUAAAAUGCAGUCGACGAAAAAGGGCCCCCUGAGCAAACGAGAAGAGGGGGGCCCCUCCAGCGGGCUGGCAGCCGGGGCACUGCCCCCUGGAGACGAGGCUGCCUCCCUAGGGGCUGCACAGCCGUCUGCAGCCAGCCGUCUCCAGCCACAGCCCAAGCCCAGCAGUGGGGGCCGGCGACGGGGAGGCCAGAGGCAUAAGGUCAAGUCCCAGGGAGCCUGCGUGACCCCUGCCAGCGGCUGCUGA